AUGACCUUCAAGUCAGCCUCAUCAACCAACAUGUCAUACAGUGGCAAUAACAGCAUGGCUCCUUCCGACCAAUUCGAUCCAACAACAUACUCGUAUGAGCUUGAGUCGCAAGAUGACCUAUCUCAGAACUGGGCUUAUAGUAGUAUGGCUUCGAACAUCCCACCAUAUGCCAAUGAGCCUUCAUAUUUGUCGUCUUAUGAGGACUAUUCAGAAAUCCAAGAAGGCACUUACACCAACGAAGCCACAUUCCUGGGCAAUAUCGAUCAAAACCCCUACAGCCAGGAAUACAUCCUCUCCACACCAUUCAACAACGAGGGUUACAACCUACAACAACAACUUUCACUACCCCAACAGCAGCAAAUAUACAACUCGUCAUCCCUCUCACCCUCCUACUACCAAUCCCCUUCCUCAAUACCAAGCAGACAACCCACCCCGUCCAAGAUACCACUACCCAGUUCCCCAACUCCAUCCACAACAACCACCCUCUCACUAACAUCAUCCCCAACUCCAUCACCCUCCGCCUCGCCUUCGGUACUAGCAUCAACGUUCGUCUCAGCCUCAAGAUAUCCAUCUCCCAACCUGCAGGCCCACAAACAACAUCCCUUUCCCCAAUCCUCAACCUCAACCACCUCAUACCAAUCCACACCCCUACUAAACAGCACAAUCCCAACCUCAAUACCAUACAUAACAACAACCCUGAUCCCGACCGAGGAAUCCCGGCGUCGCAACCGCCGCCGCGAACAGAACCGCAAAGCCCAGUUCAUCUUCCGCCAGAAACGCAAGGACGAGGUCCAACGCCUGCAGCUCGAGGUCAGGCAGUUGAAGGGCUUGCUUGCUAGUAGUGGUACUGCUGCGUCAACAACGACUUGUGCGCAGACGGUGCCGUUGGGGAAUGGUGGCUUUGCGGCGCGGUACUAUUGA